AUGACUACACCCGUGGCAUUGUAUCAAUGCAGAUUAUGUUUAAAUAAAACUCCAAGUAGAGUAAACAUCUUUGGUGGAGACUUUCCCCGAAUGCUAGACGUAUUAACUUCCAUAAAGGUACAUGAAGAGGAUGGCUUACCAAAAUAUAGUUGUACAAAAUGUGCAAAAGAAGUUCAGAUGGCUUUGAUGGUUAAGAAACGAAUUAUAAAGGCACAUCAAUUGUUAUUAGAAGCUCUAAAAAAGAAAAGGGCAAUAUUUCAAAAAAUAGUGAUAACCCCUAUUGUUAAUAAAGUUGAUUCUUCAGUACCAAAAAAGACAAAAGUCACUAAACAAAAGGUAGUUGUAAAAAAAUCUAAACCAAUAAUAAAACAAAAUCAAAUUAAAAUCCGAUCUAAGUCACAAUUAUUUGAGAGCUCAAAAGAAGCAACAGCUAAUGAAGAUGCAAAUGAAGGAAGUGUAAAACAUGAAAUAAGUACUGAAGGAGUAGAAAAAACAGAUCAACAAAACAUACAUAAAGAAAAGGAAUCACUACAAGAGAUACUUGAUGAAGUCCAGAAACACUUCGAGAGCGCUGGCUUUACUUGUGAAACAUGUAAUUUAACCUUUUCAGACAAACCGACAUUCCAUCUUCACAGCUUAAAACACAAAAAAAGCAAAUGCCAUAUAUGCGGCCGAUUCAUUAGAUCAGACAACAUAAAAAAGCACAUCAUGUUGCAUACAGCAAGUCCGUCAAAAUGUUCUAUUUGUGGAGCAACGUGCAAAAAUAUAGAAAGUUUAAGAGGUCAUAUCUUUUAUCAACACAGAAGUAAAGCUGAACAAUACAUUUGUGAAGAAUGCGGUAAAACUUUCCGAGUCAAAUAUAAGUUUUUGUUGCAUAAGAAAAAAGCACAUAUGGGUCUAAGAAACUUUAAAUGUACUACAUGUGGAAAAGCGUUCUUUACCAACGGCAAUUUACUCACACAUGUCCGAAUGACUCAUGAAAAAUUGAGACCUCAUGUGUGUGAAUAUUGUGGUACUGGCUUUUCGUCUACUUAUGCCUUAAAAACUCAUAAAAGACAACAUACCAAUGAAAAACCGUUCGUUUGUGAUUACUGUUUAGAAGGUUUUAGACAACGGGUUUCGUUACGAUCCCAUUUGAAAUCAAAACAUGGGAUAGAGGAAGCCAAGGAAUUCUUUUGUAAAACGUGCGAGAAAGGCUUCGCUACAAAUUAUGCUUUGAGUAUACAUGAAAGAUUACACGAAACUCAGAAGUGUGAAGUUUGCUCAGAAAAUUUUGCUGGAGAUGAAUAUCUGACAAACCAUCUUAGAGAUGUCCAUCAUAUAGAAGUAGAGGUUGCACAAGAUACUUAA